AUGCAUUUCAAAAUUGUAGGAGGACUCCUCCUCCUUGUCACCAAGGUCUUGGCCGGCGGUUAUGCCGGCGCGCUGGAGCGUUGCCGAAGCUGGGAUCACAUAAAAAGAGUAUGCAUGGACCAACCUGCUGGGAGAGAUAAAUGGAGAGAGUUUGAAGGCACGCCCAAGAAGAAUCGAUGCACGUUUAGCGAAUUCCUAAACUCGAUCGGCGGCGUAGGCAGAAAGGAAAGGCUUGUUGCGGACGAGAAGGGGAACGUUUUGGAACUGACGGACCCAAAGGCUACGGAUCCUGACCCCCAAGAGACCGCGAAGAACGUGUACACGCACUUUAAAAACUCGCCCCAGAAUAGUGUGCCCGACUACCAACCGUUCAAGGUGUUGAAAUAUGGCACAAGCGACUACACGACCUGCAUAAAACGGAUCGGAGACCUCGUGGUCAAGGCCAAGGUCGAUAAAAUGACCAAAGAAAACGCGCACCUGUUCGACCGCUUCGCCGAGACGACGUCGCUGAUAGUCAAGGCCAGAGUCGGCGACCACGGCCGAUGGCUCAUCGACGCGGCCGAAAAGAAUCUGAAGCCUCAGAAUAUCGAGGUGGUGAGGGAAUCCAUUCCUCCGGGAUACAACCCGAGUGAAGUGGACAAGAAGUGGGAGACUGUUGAUUGGGAAAAGACCAUAGCGGGCGCCUUGGAUGGCGGAGCGCACAGUCCUCAGGAGGUUUUGCUGCUGACGAGCAACAUGAAGGAAGAAUUCUACGCCAACGCCAAGUCCCACGAUCACAGGGUCACCAUAGAAGCGUUUUCCAGCGUUGAGAAGAAGGUGAACGGAUGCUAG